UUUUCAAAAAGAACCCCGGUACUUACUUUAGCAGUGGUUCAGCUGAAUGAACGGGACGGUUUUUCUGCGCUGAGGUGGAUGUAGUGUCACGAAUCCGGGCGCCCAGUGCUUGUGGACGGGCCUCUGGUUGCAGCAGCUGGGAAGUGUGAGGAGGGAGUAGACUGAAAACAGCAAGCAUGGAGGCAGAUAUCACAGAUCUUCGAAACAAACUCAGAGAGUGUGAAAAGGAGCGACUGAAAGCUGCACAGUAUGGCUUGCAGCUGUUGGAGAGGCAAACUGAACUGCAGAAUCAGUUGGAUAAAUGUCACGAGGAAAUGAUGACUGUGACUGAGAAUUAUAACCAAGAGAAGUAUGCCCUACAAAGAGAAGUUGAGCUCAAGAGUCGGAUGUUGGACAGUUUGAGCUGUGAAUGUGAAACUGUGAAACAGCAACAGAAAAUGCAGCUGGAGCAGCUGGAAAUGCAGCUAAACAGAAGCCACAGGCAGGAAGUGAACGGCCUAAAAAACAAGUUAGAGAAACUGAAAGUGGAACUAGAUGAAGCAAGGUUAAGUGAAAAGCAGCUGAAGCAGAAGCUGGAUCACCAAGAGGAAGUUCUCGCUCACAAAUCGGAAGAGCUCCGGCUAAUGUCUGAGCAGCGCAUGCUCAAUAGCAUGUCUUCGGAGGUGCUGGCUCUUCAGAUUGAGCUAACUCAAAUGGAAGGUGUGAAGGCUGCUCUCAAGGAAGAGGUGGAUGAACUGCAGUACAAACAAGAGCAACUGGAAUGCUGCAAUACUUCCUUAAUGCACCAGGUAGACCGGCUUAAAGAAGAAAAAGAGGAGCGAGAGAAGGAAGCGGUGUCGUAUUAUAACGCCUUAGAGAAAGCUCGAAUAGAAAAUCAAGAUCUUCAGGUGCAGUUGGGUCAUGCCCUUCAGCAAGCCUUGGAUCCCAACAGUAAAGGAAACUCCCUGUUUGCAGAGGUGGAGGAUCGAAGGGUGGCUAUGGAACGCCAGCUCAACUUGAUGAAAGUCAAGUAUCAGUCAAUGAAGAAGCAAAAUGCAUUCACCAGAGAGCAGAUGAACAAAAUGAAGUUACAAAUCUCCACAUUGCUGAGGAUGAGGGGAUCUCAAACUGAAUUUGAGCAGCAGGAACGGUUGUUUGCCAUGUUGGAACAGAAGAAUGGUGAAAUAAAAGACCUUUUAGGUGAAAUUAAAAAUCUGGAGAAAUUUAAGAACUUAUAUGAAAGUAUGGAAUCUAAGCCUUCCACAUCAGCCAGCCCUGGUACUCUAGAAGACAGCACCUAUUAUGCAGAUUUACUUCAACUAAAGCUUGAUAAGUUAAAAAAAGAAAACGAAGGCACAAAGGGUGAACUGUCCAUACAGAGAAUGAAGGCGUUAUUUGAGAGCCAGCGGGCCCUGGAUAUUGAGCGGAAAUUGUUUGCAAAUGAAAGGCACCUUCAGCUUACAGAAAGUGAAAACAUGAAGCUGAGAGCUAAGCUAGAUGAAUUAAAGCUGAAGUAUGAGCCUGAAGAGAAAAUUGAAGUGCCUGUACUCAAAAAGAGACGUGAGGUGCUGCCAUUGGAUAUAACUACCCCAGAAGAAACACCUGCCGCCAGUGCCCCUAGGGAAGAAGUUUCUAGACUGCCACUUCAGAGAGAGGAGAAAGAGUCCUGCCUUAAUAGCUUCAAUGAUAACACUGUGCAGUGGGGCCAGCCAGCCUCUUCAGCCAUUCAGCCAGCCAGCCUCUCUCCCCACAAGAGCCCGCCUCUGGACAUGCAGCCAAAGAAGGAGAAGAAAUGUGUGAAGCUUGUGGAUGGUCCAGCCAAUGCUGAGGCCUUACGUGAACAAAAUGGGAACACCCCCAGCUCUCCCAGGUUAACUGCAGAGUCAAAGCUUUCAACAGAAGUGAAAAAAAGGAAAGAAACUACAAGCAAAUUGGAAAAGGGGGCUUGUAAGAAAUCAGACACCAUCAUGUUCGUGUCCUCAAAGUCAGCCCCGGAGAUUCAGUGCCCGCAGCAGUAGUGAGGUGCUCCUGCAGUGCCCGCAGCAGUAGUGAGGUGCUUGCACUAUGGGGCUUGCUGAAGAUCGUCCCUGUGCACAGGACACCCUUGUGGAACAUUUGCAUAAGCCAGUGCUAAGACCUCGUGUGCUUACACUUCUGUGACCAAAAAUUGAGAUAUGGCUGUGAUGCUGACCCAGAGGUUCCCUAAGUGAUGAUCUUUCACAGAACUGAAUCACAGUGAGCAAACCACUAUCAGAGGAAAUGUUAUAGUUUAGACCUAUUUGCUGCACUGGAUCUGGAUUUUGAAAGUUACGUGAUAAAUAAUGUACCUUAAGAAUUGAAAAUUGGACAACAGAACAUUGAAGUUGUUAAUUAUAUUUUCCUAUGUAUAAUUUUAUGAAUAAAUAAAAUUGUAUUUUCCCUGUCUUGUAAAAAUAGUGAAUAUUGCUUGAAAAUACAUAUUACAAAAUGUGUUAAAGGUUUAAAGUGCCUAUAUUAAUUAAUAUGUAAUUUAGAUUUUCAUGAC